GGGAAAAGCCGAAAGGAAAAGAAGUACUUCAGUAGUAAAAUAGUAAAUUAUAGUAUAUUACUUUUUUUUAAAGAAACAAGUAGUAUCUUAUACUUUUACAAAGCUACAUGAAAGCGGGAUUAGCGCGCACGCGCGUGCACCCCCCCCCCUCCUCUGUCCCCUCCUCUUUUCUACCGGAGCGCUCCUCGCGCUGCUCACUCGAGCAUAAGCUAGUCUCCGCGCGUCACGCGGGCAGUCUAGCGGACCCCUCGCGCCGGUACACCGCCCGCCGUUCAUGGAUUGUUCCCAGCAAAGCACUUUUAUCUUCCUUCUUUCGAAAGCGUCCAUCAUCCCGGGACACCUUGGUGCUUAACUUUUGCGCGCGAACUUUCCUGCCCCAUGAAAACAUGCGCGUGCUCAGGCUGCCGGCUUCUGGACGCUCGUGGAGGACGCACGCGCUGCUGCAGCUGUUUCUACAGCUGGUUGUGAGGAAGACGGUGGAAGCCAUGCACCCUGACUGUGCUUUGGUGGUGCAGCUGAUGAAGGCUGAGGAAGAAUGUGACCUGAUAAUGAAGCAGGAAGAGAGGAACCACUCUGCUAGGACUGGCUGCCCGACGACUUGGGACAACAUUUGCUGCUGGCAUGGUGUUGAGGUGGGACAGGUGGUCAGCGUCUCGUGUGCCAACGUCUCCCAGCUGUUCAGCAACAAUCAAGGUUACAUUUACAGGAACUGCACUGAGGAGGGAUGGUCUGAGCCCUACCCGCCCUACGAGGAUGCCUGUGAAUUCACGGAAGAUGAAGAUGCAGAACCAGAGACAACAUACUUCUCCAACUUCAAGCAGGUGUACACAGCCGGCUACGCUACCUCCCUCAUCUCUCUUAUAUCAGCUAUUUUUGUCUUCACUGCCUUUAGGAAGUUUCACUGCACCAGGAACUACAUCCACAUUAACCUGUUCUUCUCCUUCAUCCUGAGAGCGAGUGCAGUUUUCAUCAAAGACGCCGUUCUGUUCUCUGAUGAAAACCUGGAUCACUGUUUCAUGUCCACGACAUCCUGUAAGUCCGCUGUGGCCUUCUUCCAGUUCAGCAUCCUGGCCAACUACUUCUGGCUGCUGGUGGAGGGCAUGUACCUGCAGACGCUGCUGGCGCUCACAUUUGUCUUCCAGAAGAAGUACUUCUGGUGGUAUAUACUCAUAGGCUGGGGUCUCCCAACCACCAUCAUAACAGCCUGGAUCCUAACUCGAAACUUCUACGAUAACAGGGGGUGUUGGGAUGACACAGAUGUGGCCUUCAUCUGGUGGAUCAUAAAAGCCCCAAUAACCAUAUCACUGCUGGUAAACUUCUUCAUCUUCAUCAAUGUGAUCCGGAUUCUGGUCCAGAAGCUCCGGUCUCCUGGAGUUGGUGGCAACGACACCAGCCACUUUAAGAGACUGGCCAAAUCCACCCUGCUGCUCAUUCCCCUGUUUGGGAUGCACUACAUGGUGUUCGCCUUCCUGCCAGAAAACACAGGAGCUGAAGCCCGAAUCUUUAUCGAGCUGGGACUGGGAUCCUUCCAGGGGUUUGUUGUGGCGUUGCUGUAUUGUUUCUUGAACGGUGAGGUACAGGCGGAGCUGAAGAAGCGCUUCUGGAAGUGGCAGACUCAGAGUUAUCUCAGCUACAGUAAACGGCGGCGCACAUUAUUCAACGAGAGCAGCACCAUCACUCAGAUAUCUGUGCUGGACAAAUCCAGUCCCAAAGACCAGCUGGCCUCAGAAGCACAGGCACUCACACCGAGCAACGUCUCUACCGUCUAAAUUAAAAUAAAAUAUAUAUAUAUAUCACCUGACAGCAGCUGGUACUCAAGUCCUUUUCUGGGAACCUGAUUGAUCUUUGGACCCGAGCAAGGACUGAACCACAAAGCUUGAAUGUUGAAAGUACCCUAUGCUUCUAUGAAUUUAUUACUAAAACUAUGAGACAACAACUCCCCACACAUGACAACUCAAAGAGCAACUCAAUGACAGAUCAUCGUUGUUUUGUGUGUAAUUCAUUGAAAGUUUGAUUUAAAAAAACAUAAGUUUGUGGUUAAUCUCCUAUAAAUAGUAAUAAAUAUUUGUUCUGACUUCUAUCCCUCUCAUGCUACGUUCACACCGAGCAUGUGACAUGCGUUCAAGAAUACACUUAACACUGGUUCUUGAACACGAUUUGAGCUGUCACUAUCUAAAACCAGAGUAUGUGCCUUCAGUUGGAAGAGGAUUGGUGCAAAAUGUCAAAGCGCUGCAAAUUUAGCAAAUCUUCCUCCAGAAUUUUCUUUUCACAGAUCAAUUCUGAUACAUAAAAGAUCUCCUAUUACUCCAAUCUCUACUUCAAGAUGCAUUUUUAAUUGUUAGAAUUAAUAAGGACGUCAUCCAUGCAUCAAAAAUCGGAGUCCCUGAUUGGUCAAACUUCAGCUGGUUCAACUUUCAGUGUGCAUUCAAUAGCUGCACGUUUUGUGAGAGUUUUGUAAUGUGGAAGUGAUCGAUUGAACGUGUGUCGCCGAGGGCAGUGUGAACGUAGCAUUAGAAUGUGUUUGUGGUGUUAGUUCACAUUUCAUGCUAACAAAUAAAAAGGGAAAAGAUGAGCACAACAAAAACAAAGGUUUUUAGGAUGUUUAAAGACAUUUUAUGAAUGUUAGUAUUGGAAUUUAUUUAAUUGUGAAUACUGGACAAGUUUAUUUUAUCACAAAAACACAACAUGGAACCUAAACAAAAGAUACGUUUUUGUAAUAAUGUUGAGCUACAUGGAAUCAGUGUCCUUGACUUUGACUCCCUAGUCAUAAUCGGCUCCAUUUAUUCAUAGAAACCAAGAAAAAUGUGCUUGAAACCCACUAAAAAGCUGCAGAAAACUUUGGGGAAUGUUAAGGACUUAAAGCUUAGUUGAAUAAAUACUGUUUGACAACAUGAACAAAUCCUUGAAAUUACAGUUUGAAAAAAUGUCCUGGCAUACAUCACAGAUACAGGGCUGUCGUUUAUUACCUUCUAAAACUAACCCUCAAGAGGUGAAAUCUGCCAAGUAGGAAGAUGUUUUAAGGCUGCUUAAGUCCUCACUACACACUUUAUUACCUCUUAUUAGACAGACAUGAGCCUUUUCACACUUUUCUCUCUUGUUUAAACUGAUAAAAGUUCAAACCUUCAUAGAGAAAUAAAUCCAGUAUUUUGGAAUGAAAACAAAGAUCUGAUCACGAUUGAAGGUUUAUGUAGAUCUGGUUAACUGAACCCAUUCAUGACACAGAAGAAAGAUUGCACUAAAAAAAAGUAGCGAGAAACGAGAACUGCGAUUUUGAAGGGGAACAUUUUAAUUUAAAAAGAUCUGUACCAAUGGUUUUAUAUGUGUAUUAUGUAGACUUUAGAUUUAGAAAUGCCUUAGGAUCGGAAUAUUCUCUUUUUUUUCCUGACAACAAAUAAGCCAAUCUGCUCUUUUAAGAAGUCCACCCAACCCAAUUGGUUUUAUUGCUGGUAUGUAGGCAUAUCUGUGCAGGUUUUAUAGGAGCUCCUCAGCUUGUUGAUGGACCACAUAGAUUGACAGAGAAAUAUAGAUAUAGUUUAAGUAAAAAUAAACAUAAAAAAACAUUUUUGAUAAGCAACCCUUGGUGUCAGACUUGUAAGAACAAGACUGGCAUUAGACCCUCUGAUUCUUUGGUAUCUUAAUGAAAGUAAAAAACAAUUUGACAUUUUUCAUGGAGUUGUAACUUUUGUUGAAAAAUGAGAAUUGUAAAAAAAUAUAUAUAUACACAAAAAAAUAUUUCAGAGAGUGGAACUUCGCCCAUAAAGGCAAAUGUCUUUGGUUAUUCUAUUUAGAUUGUUUUAAACUUUUCAGCUUCAUCGUGAUAGCCAUGCUUCAACCAACCAAAUGGAUGAAAACUUUGUGAUCAGUCCAAUCAUUUUUCAAAAUGCCUUAUUCAUUGGUGGUAGAUCUAUGUGCGCAUUUGCGACCCUGUGGUCCACCGUGACAUAUCUUGGUUGGUAUAGGCUCCAGCAACCUCAAUGAUCUUAUAUAGGAUAAAGUGAGUGUAAGAAAUGGAUGAAUGAAAGGCUUUACUUUAACUUGGAUAAAAAAUAGAACUUUAGUUUUCCAUAUCAAAAGUCAGUUUUCAUUUUUUAACUUUAUUUAACCCGACAGAAGUUGGAUUGCAGGAAUAAGUUCCUCAUGUAAACCAAAUUGGUCAUGUUUUCUUUAAUCUUUAUCACAUAGAAAGCUGCACAAUGAGUUAAAGUUAGGAUGUUACCACAGCAGUUUUCUCUUCAUUUGUUCUUAUUUUAUGCAAGAUCUUGUUUUGGAUGUAUGAUUUGAAUCAGUCAUUGAUAGUGUUGCCAAAAUUCAUCUGAGUGAAAUGAAGAAUUGUCUCAAAACAGAAAAACCUAAAACAUUUUUAUUCCUUUUUUAAGUUAUAGCUUUUAUGGUCUUUAUCAUCUUUCCUCACACGAAUUUGAAAACCUUUGAUUUCUCUGUGUGUUUUUUCUAAAUGUUCAUGUCCACUGGACACCAAAGAUGUUAGGUUAGACCGGGGGUCUACAACCUGCGGCUCCAGAGUCACAUGUGCUUCUUUGACUCCUUCAUUGUGGCUCUCUGGUUUAUAAAUAUUGAAAAAAACUACCAGAACUAAGGCACACCAGAUUAAAUAGUGGAUUUUCUAUUUUUGAAUACAUUCAAGGAUUUUAAGCCGUUUAAAAAAAUACACAAAUUUCUGACUGAGAAGCACCACAAAUAGUGAAAUAAACUUUUUCAUCCCUGUUUAGUCAUGUACUUCUACAUUAGCUGCAUUUAGACGAUCCUGUGUGACACAGGGUGUCUUUUAUUUUGAAAGGGAGUCAUAUAAACCUCUGUUGAAAGUAGUAGUAUUUAGUAAUAGUAUUUUCUCUUUAUGUGUAUGUCUUAUUUAUGCCAAAAAAACAACAGUUUAUUCAUUUAUAUGAAAAAAGUAACAUUAACAUGGAUGCAAAUCAGUGUGUUUAGUUUUCUAAAGGGCGAGGUCAGACUUUGUGGCUCCUCCUGGGUUGUGGUCAGUAAGAAAUCCCCUCCAAUGGCGCUGUAAGUGUCAAAGGUUGCAGACCCCUGGGUUAGGCUUUGCUCAUGUCAUAUAAGAACAAAUCUCCUGUUCUAUAAUCUGUUUUUAGUUUGUAUUUUCUUUUCUUUUCCUAAUAAACUGAAGAAGAUGAGCAGAAUUAAAGCUAAUUAACCCUUUAACACCAGAGCUUUAGCUCCAGUAUUAACAUACUCUGGACUCUUAAACCACAUUUCCAGUAGAUUCUGAGAAAAGUAGCCUUACAUUGAUAUGCAACACUUAACAGCAGUAAAGUGUUUAUCCGAUCAAUGUAAAUCAGCUGAUUUUAUUGUGGAGAAAACAGCUUUGCUCCAUUAGGCAACACUUUACGUUAGCAAUGUGUUGCAUAACGGCACAAAGCUGAUAGGAAAAGCCGCUUUAGAAUCAGCUGAAGUUAACAGCGUCAACUGUCAAUGGUUUGUGUUAAUUAGAUCUCAUGAGCCAGUUGUUCCAUUUUUGCAGGAAUGCAAGAGCUGCCAAAUGAUGUGCUUUUUACAUCUCCCAGUAUUUGGCAAAUCAUUAUUUAAUUUGGUUCCUCUUUAUCUUACGGUUUGUUAAUCCUUAUCUGUGUGUGACGUCAGUGUUGUAAUACUAACGCAGAGCCAUCUGGUUUGUUGGCAUUCCUGUGUGAUCGCGUUACAUCGGAGCUCAUGGGAAACUGCCCGUUUUGUUAUCAGUGGUUCUGCCUGCAACAUCUUGCACAGCGCAUUAGCGCACAUCUGGAGCACUAGACUGUAAAAGCUAUUUAAUCAUCAGAUUAUUUCGUUGUUAGUGUGAAUGUAAGUCGACAUGAACCAGCGUUUUUUGUAGUUUUAGAAUAAAGUCAAAUGUUGGUGUAGAAAUCUUGAAACUUGCCUAGUACGUGUUUAAACGCCACAUAUUUUUGUAGAGUAAAAUGGCUGUUUACUUUUUGUAUGAUAACACGAUGGAGGGAGUUGUAGUAAAACUGGUCAGUUUACAGGAUUUAAAUGAUGGAUGCAGUUGUGUGUUGAUGCUGUGGUCACCUGUGUUUUGGUAUUUUCAUUUCAUCGAUUUUGCAUGCAUGUACAGCGUGUACUAAAUAUGUACAGGUGUAUAGAACAAGUAUCCAAUUAUUACUCAGCUUUGGAUCACUGCAGUGCCUUUUUACAAAACAGGACAUGUCAGUGUUUAUUUACCAUUUGUGUGAGUCACAUUUACAGUCAUUAACUGUGUUCACAUGUACAUCAAUAUUCCAAAACCUGUUCUGAAAAAGUUGGUUUUAAGAAAAAGAAACUGCAAUAUGAUAGUUAUUAAAUAUGUAAAAAGUCAGCUUUUUGUGGAAUCACCCUAUUUAUGAUAUAACACCCUCUAGAGGAGCCACAUUGUCUUGCUAUGUUUGACUCUGUGACAAAAUGUGCUAAGUGAACCUCAUGCUUCAUUUUUUUAAUGUUCAAACAGUGUACACCUUCAUUUUUAACCCUCAUGGAGGAGCCGAUCAUACUCCCUUUUCAUAUAACUGUGUAAAGAGACUUCCGGUUUAUCCAAACAUUUUGCUCAACACAUGGAAUUGUAAAACCAUCACAGCUAAGUUGGAUUUUGUUAUAAAACAGCUUUACUUAAUAAAAAAAAAAAAGUUGUGAAUUUGUUCGUGUGGUCAUAAUGUCUGUUGUUGCAGAUAUGCGACAAACCCUUUUGGUUCUCCUGGUAAUUUCACCCUGGAGAGUCUAGUCAAAAGUUUUUAAAAAGCUGACGAGUAACUAUAAAAGUGUCAAAAACACAGAGCUCCCUGAUGUUUUCAAUCUGUUCUUUUACUUAAGAAUUUUUAAUACAAGAUGAUCAAACAAGCUGUUCAAAUGUUCUAUUAAGACAUCACUGUAUUUGGAAUAAGAUUGGAAUAUUAAUGUAUGUGUAAAUGUAGUUUUUGUGGAAUAAUAAAGCUUAAUUUAUACAGCUGUGAUGGUCCACCACAGAUUUUUGUUCCAUUGUAUAUUCCAAAUUUAUCUGCUGAUUUUGUUUUGCAAAGUUUAUAUGUUGUAGAUUUUGUAUUAUAGAUUUUUAGCCCUUUAAUAAUAAUUCUGUGUGAACUGUAAGUGUUUGUCUUUGUAAUAAUUAGUGUCACCAACAGACUCCUGUGUAUUUCAUGAAUGGGACACAUGUGUAUUGAUUGUUUGAUUCUUUAAAUGAUUGGUUGAUUUUUUUGAUUGAUUGAUUGGUUGGUUGAAUAAUUAGUUGGUUUAUUGGUUGGUUGAAUGGUUGAUUUAUUUCAAAUUCAAAAUAGAAUAAUUACCAGUAAAUACAUAUGAUCAAAAAGAAAGUGAUAAAGUGAUUAAAAAAACUAUGAAGAUGAAAAACUGUAAUAGUUUUUAUCUCCAGUAUUAUCAUAUUUUAUGCAUAUAUUCAAACAUAUUUAAAAAAAAUAACAUAAACACUAAAGAAAAAAAACAAAAAAAAACCAUCAAGGUACCAAAAGAACCUCACAAACAUAAUUUUACAGAAGGACAUUAGCAGUUUUAAUGUUUUAUCUCAAACUAAAAUCCAAGCAGUGUUUUUUUUCUUGAAGGAUUUUACAUGAUCAAAACUGCAGCACUCCAAGAUUUUAAUGUUUACAUCACGAGCUGGGAAGUAAAAUUGCAUUAAAUUAGAAGGGAAAUUAAUCAAGUAUUGGCCAACAAAUAAUUAAAGAAAACCCCAUAAAAAGAACUGAACUAGAAUAAGAGUCAACAUUUAAAGUCAAAUUAUGCACAGAUUCACAAAAAAGACACAAGUAUCUGAUAAAAUAUGUAUUAUUAAGAAAAAA